AUGUCCUCAUUUUUCGUCCAAGGGGUUGACCCAUUCGGUGACAACGUAACAUUGGAUCAAGGUAUCAUGAGUGCACUUCCUCCAGGGGCCCGGAUUAUAUCUACAAGCCGAGCUGGCCAGAGUUUGUGGGUGGAAACAGUCAGAAUAGAGGCCAUGCUUCCAGAUGGAAGCACCAAGGCUUACUUCAAAAAGGGCGCUACUGGAAAUGUUGGCCGAGAGAUGGUUCGUGGUUGCUACGAGUCAGAGAAAGCCCUUCACUCUUUCAUCCCAGAAUAUGUGCCUGAGCCAAUUGUCUGGGGCUCAUAUGUCUCUCGCGAUGACAUGCAUUUCUACCUAGCUGAGUACGUGGAGAUGGACGAUGUCCAUCCUGACGCCAAGGCAUGGGCCACCGUUGCUUCCACACUUCAUCGAAGAAGUAUGGGCAAGUCACCUGAAGGAAAGUUCGGGUUCCACGUCGGCGGUUUCAUGGCCAAUGUCCCAAUGUCAAACUCGUGGAGCUCUUCGUGGGAAAGUUUUUGGGCUCAACGAAUGCGGUCUCUUCUAGAAAUUGAAGAGGCUCGUUGUGGUAAGGAUGCAUCAUUCACCGGCCUUAAAUCCGCCCUUUUGGAGCGUGUUAUCCCCCGAUACCUUCGACCCCUGGAAUCCGAUGGCCGAUCAGUCCAGCCUUGUCUUCUUCACGCCGACCUAUGGCCUGGAAACAUCAAGCCUAGAACCGAUUCGCCCGACAUCCUUUGUGCUUUUGACUCGGCCAGCUUUUGGGGUCAUUUUGAAGUCGAUCUUGUUGAUACAGGCCCUGGACUUUGGAAUUUGGAAAAGGCUGGAGAAGCGUAUAGGGAGAUGGUCGGCGUUUCUGAGCCCCAGGACGAAUAUCUUGAUCGCAAUAGUCUCUAUGGCAUUGGUGGCAUGAUUCUCCGCUCAGCGAUGUAUAACCAGGACCCUAAGCGGCGAUCCAUGUAA